AAUGCCCCGUUUUUUGAGAGUAUAUUGAAUUCCCCCUUUUUUUCUGGCAUAGUGGACAUGGUUAUUUUGGUAAAAAUGGAAGAAAUGUAAACCAUACUUUACUAUAUUUCAUACAUUUUGUGAGAAUAUUACAAAUACUUUAAAGAAAACCUUAAACAGUCCUAUUUCUAGAAAGUUGGGAUGUUUUGUAAAAUUAUAAAAUUAUAAAAUUUGUGAUUUGUUAAUUCUAUUUAACUUUUAUUUAAUUGACAAAAGUACAAAGAAAAGAUUUCCAAAGUUUUCACUCACCAACUUGUAAUGUUUUAAAAUAUGUUCAAAUAGAAAGUAGUUUUUUUUUUUUCUUCAAAUGGUAGAUGUACUGUUUUUACUGUAUUUGUUAAACAAACAAAUGUAACCUUUUUAUCCAUUAACAAAUCUUAUUGACCUUUAUUUUUUAAUGGUAGUGUAUAUUAUAGGAUUUUAUUUAUAAUAUAUAUAGGCCUAUUUUAAAAGCAUGCAUUUUCCUGGGGGGUGGCACCCGCCCCCGCUGAGAAACACUAUAGACAAUAAAAAAAAAAUGCCUAAUUAUAACCAAGAAGCCUGCCUGCUAAAAGUCCCUAGAUUUGAGCAGAACAGACCAUGGAGAAGUCUUCUGUUACCUAUUUUUUGUUUUUCCCUGAGCUUACUGAAUAUGCUUCAGCGUUUCUUUGGAUGUGUUUACCUCUCUGCAGUUUCACAGCUUGUGACUCUCACAGGUACACAAGCUAAAUGUCCUGUUCAGCUCAGCCCAAAGAGUGUUGUUGUGGAGUACGGCGGUUCUGUUGCAGUUAACUGUACCGCUUCUGUCCCGCAUUAUGGGAUGGGAUGGGAAGCCAGUGAGGGAGGAGUGGACAAGACCAGAGACAGUGUGGUCACAUGGACAGUGUCAGAUCUGAGAGAAUGGGACAUAAAGCCAUUCUGCUACGUAAACUAUGACAUAACCCAUGAUAUACCAUGUCAAGUAGAGCUCCUAGUGACUAUUUACAAGACUCCAGACAGUGUGUCUAUCAGCAUUGUGAAUCACAGAGGACCAAUGAUGGAGGGAGAGCAGUAUGAGCUCCAGUGUGAUGUUGUUGAUGUGGCUCCUGUUCAGAAUCUCACUGUCAAAUGGUACAAAGGACAAACUCUGCUAAGUCAAACCACUUUCACUGACACCAGCAUAACUCCAGUGAAUGAAGUCGCCAAACUCCUGAUCACUGCAGACAGAGCUGAUGAUGGAGCUCAAUACAGGUGUGAAGCAGAGCUGGAUCUGGGAGCAGAAGGACCUCAACCUCCUCCUACAGUCACAUCAAAGCCUCUCAGUGCUGAAGUAAACUAGCAUCUGAAAGAGGAGAUCAGUUCCUCAGUGCUCCCGUCCUCCACACUCAGUCCAGGAAAAUACAUGUGUACCACUGCAAACUCUCUGGGAAGAUUACUGCAAAAUUGCAGUAAUUAUAUUGCAUUUCAUACUCUUUGUUUAGCUUAGUUGUUUGGCUAUCAUUAAUAAUGUGUGCACAUUUUUUUUUGACAUAUCUGAUUAUGAAUACUUGUUGUUGUUGUAGAUGUUGGAUUGGGUGUUUCUUAUUUUGUACAUUGUGUUUGAUUUCUAGGUGUAAAACCAGAGUCACUCUUUUCUACACUCUUAAAAAAUAAAGGUUCUUUCUAUAAAGAU